AUGCCUCUGUUGCACAGAAAACCGUUCGUCAGGAACCCCGUGCCCAGGGGCCUGAGGGAUACGGACGAGGUGUUCUACUGCGAAUUGACCAAGGAAAUUUUUCUUAGUUAUGAGCAUUAUGUGGAAAGAAUUAUUUUAUGUAAUUCACUAGUAUGGUCAUGUGAGUUGACUGGUAAAAAAAAUAUGACUUAUAAAGAAGCACAAGAUUGUGAACUAGAGUCAAAAAAAAUGUUAAAUGAUUUUCCAAAUGAGCUUCAAAAGCCCAUUUUGUAUUUAUUGUCAUUGACAAAAUGUUCUUCAUUGAAAGAGCUUAUAGAACAAAUAUUUAAUUAUGUAAGAUAUCGAUAUUUUGUGUCAGAAAUAGUGGAUGUUGCUUUAGAACAAGAUCAAUGGUUAAAAUGUAGAGUUUUAGCUGUGCAUGCACCUUCUGACCAAAAAAUUGCUGAAAGAAAUCAUCGUACUCCAACAAAAAAAUCUAAUGACAGUAAUUCAAGUGCAGCUCUUGCAUUUUAUAGUUAUGAUGUAGAACUGCUCAGUCCAAAAAAAAAACAAAAUCCCAACAAUGAACCAAUAUAUAGAGUGGACGGUGUUCAAAUUAAAAGAUCAAAAGCUUGUUUUACAAGAGAUAGGUGUAGAUUUUUUAUAACUCAUAAUGUUGAAUAUAAAAAUGGUUUAAUUUCAUUAAAGGACAAUGUUGCAAAUAGUAUUGCUAAUUUAAAAUUUGAAGAUAUAUUUAGUGGAGAACCUCCUCAAUUUUCUGAAACAAAAAAGAACAAAGUAUUAUCCAAAAAUGGAUUGACUAAAAAAUUUAAUAAAUUAAUGAACGGAGAGCCAUCUAAAAAAGAUGAUAAAUCAAUGCAAGAAAUGGUUGAAAAAUUGAAAGAAGAAAAAUUAAAAAUAAAAGAAAAAAGAAAAGAAGAAAAAGAAAAGUUUUCAAAAUUUAUGAAAGAAUGGAGCAAGAAAAAAGAAGAUCUUGAAUUGGAAAAUUUGAAAGUAUUGCCUAAUGUAAAUCCUGUAAAUUUACGAAUUCCAAAUGAAUGUUUUGGAGAUUUCAUUAUGAUUUAUGAAUUUUUUCAUAAUUUUUGGUCUCAACUUGAUGCAGGCAGUUAUUUUCCUCAAGGAAUGAGUAUAGAAUUAUUAGAAAGGUGUUUGGUCGAAGAAGAAAUUACAGGUCCAUUAAAUACUUUGAUUCAAGUGUUAUUAACAACAAUAUUUGAUCUUGAAGAUGAUGAAGAAGCUGAUAUGAAAGAUAGUCAUAUGACAGGUUGGGAACCAGCAUAUCAUAUAAUUGAUGGUAAAUUGAAAACUGCUGUACAGCUAGCAACUGAUGUUAAAAAUUGGACAGUACAGCAUUUGGGUCAACCAUUAAAUAAAAUAACAUUACAACCAACUGUAAUAUCAGAAGUUCUAAGAAUUCAUUUAUUAUCAUCUGGUGGAAAACAUUCUGAUCGAAUGGCGAAGUGGAUAUACCAUGAAAGAGGAAACUAUUGUCUUACAGAUGAUCCUGGACUUUAUUUUAGAUUACAACAUCCAGACGUAUUAGAAGCACUUAGUCAUCAUCAUAUUUCAUGCUUAUCAAUUCCUAACAAAAUGAUGAUAAUUAAUUGUUUGAGUAAUCAAAUUCUAACAUUUUCUUCAUAUCGAGUACAGUUACAAAAUACAGUUAUUAAGGUAAAAAAUGCUAGACUAGAAGUAAAAAAUGCACAAACAGCUGAAAAGAAAAAAACUCAAGAAAUGGUUCAAAAAAAGAAGGAAAUGAAGGUAUUAAAUGGUGAAACACAGACAACUGUGGACACUCCUGAUCAAAAAGCCAUUAAUAAUAGAUUAAAUGAAUGGAAUAAAAAGCUUGUUGAAUUAACUGAUUUGGGUAUGACUGCUCAAAUAUUACCUCUUGGUACAGAUAGAGCAUAUAGAAGGUAUUGGUUGUUUGCAUCUAUGCCCGGAUUGUUUAUAGAAGAUAAUGAGCCUAAUCCUGGAACUUGCUUGCCUGAAGGGACACCUAUUUGUAAUAUCACUGAAAAUGAUCCUGUAUCUUAUGUUAAAAUACUUUUUGAAAUGAAUGAGAAAGAAAAUGUUGGUGAAGCAAGAGCCAGUUUGGCCAAUACACCAUCAAAAAAAAAACUCUUUGAUAGUAGCAACAAUACAUCACUUAUGACUAAUGGAAGCUUUGUUGAUCAAACAAAGUUGUUGUGUUGUACUGGGCCUGACAAUCAAUGUCCAGUGCAUGAACCAAAUCAUAACAGACUUACAUGGGGCUAUUUUAACUCUCCUGAUGAAUUAGAAACAUUAAUUGAUAGUUUGAAUUCAAGAGGGUUAAGAGAAAGUGAACUAAAGAAAAUGUUACUACAAGAAAAACCUCGUAUACUUUCAAGCAUGGAAAAGUGUACCAGUUGUCUAUUAAAUCCAUCAUUGAUGGCUGAAGAUGAUAGAAGACUUCAAAAACGUUUAAAAACAGAGUUUUCAGAAUUUAAGAAACUUAAUGUUAAAUUUCUUCGUGUAGAUUCUGAUGUCGAUUUAUCUAUGGAAUUAACUCUUAGAGAGUAUAUUUUAUAUUUGGAAAGAAGAUUAAAUACUUCAGCACUUGGUAGUUUUGGUUCAAAAGUUUCCAAUAGAGAUCAGUGGAGAGAGAAUAUUUCAAAUGGCAUUUAUAAAGUCAAUGGUAUAUUAUCAUGGGGAAACAGGAGUAAAGCUAAUGGUGAUAACAUUGAAAAAGCUGGUUCCCCAGAUCCUCUGAAUUACCUAGAUCCAGUUAAGUUUGUGGUUGCUGAUAUUAAAGCUGACAAAAAAAUUUUUGACAUGGCUUCUAUUAUCCUUAAAAUAGAGCAAUCUAUUGAACCAAAAUUUCUUAGAAGACCUUUAGGUUAUGACAGAAAAGAAAAAAUGAAUUGUGCCAUUAAUCCACAAAUGGAUAAAUGGGAAAUGUCUCUAAUGAGUUCAUUAAAUUUUUCGCAAUUAUUUUUGCAUUUAAUUACAUUAGAAAAAAGUAUUGAAUGGUCAAAAUCAAUUAUGAAAGUUAAUUGUGUCUUAUGUCGAAGUAACAAGGAUGAAGAUGUCAUGUUGUUAUGUGACAAUUGCAAUAAAGGUCAUCAUAUCUAUUGUUUAAAACCUAAACUUAAGAAAAUUCCCCAAGGCGAUUGGUUUUGUCAAAAAUGUAAGCCUAUAGAAAAAAAUAAUCCUGAAGAAGAUGAACCUGAAGAAAAAAUUAAAAUUGAUAUUUGUCAUGUUUGUAAAGAAGAAGGGUCUGUAAUAACUUGUGAUGACUGUUUAAAAAAUUAUCAUUUAGCUUGUCUUAAUCCACCUAAACGUGCACCACCAAAACGAAAUUGGACAUGCUUUAGUUGUCGACAAACAUCAUGUAAAGAUGAAUUGGAACAGGUUGAGGUGGAAAGGUAUAGCAGGCGGAAGAGUUCGCAAGCUGCCACUGCCAAAAUAUCUGAAUUUGCCCGGCAACUUUUACAUACGUCAGCCAGAUGUUAUGGUGAAGAAGAAAGUAUUACUGAAGAGAAAAGUAGAAGACGGGGAAGAAAUUCAGAACAAGCAACUUUGACUUCAUCUGGAGAUUUGCCAUUGGAUAAUGCACUUCUACAGUUACUUUUAAACCAAGUCAUGCAUCAUCCAGAAGCAUGGCCAUUUUUACGACCUGUUACUAAGUCUCAGUGCCCUGAUUACCAUUCAAUAAUAAAAACUCCAAUGGAUUUGGGUACCGUAAAGUAUAAGCUUAAUAUGCUGUCAUAUAGAACAAAUGCAGAUUUAUUAAGUGAUAUGGAAUUGAUAUUUGAAAAUUGCUUUUACUACAAUUCAGAAAAUUCUGAAGUUUUUAAAUGCGGUGAACAAGUAUACAAUUAUUAUAAAAAAUUAUGCCAAGAAUGUAAUUUGAAAGAUUGUGAAGAUGAUGAAUAUAAUGGCCCUCCUGUUAAAAAAUCAAAACAUAGCUUAUAAAUUAUUAUAAAAAGUUAUAGUAAAAGUUAUGAGUAAAAGUUUUA